AUGGCCAGAGCAUACAAAAUUGAAGAUUUUAAUCGCCUCAUGCAAGAUAUGGAUAGCAUUGAUAAGAGGGUAAGGGGUUACCUAUUCCAAGUUGGUUAUGAAAAAUGGUCCAUAGUGCGUUCCACUGCUAAUAGAUCCAUGAUGAUGACUUCAAAUAUUGCCGAGUCAUUCAAUGCAAGAAAUAGAGAGGCAAAAGAGCUACCAAUCAUGAGUUUACUAGAUUACAUGAUGAAUUUGGUUAUGGAAUGGAAUAAUACAAAUAGAAUGACUGCAAUGAGUACAUUUACUGGCCUAGAAAAAAAAUAUAAUGAAGUACUGAAGGAAAAUAGCUAUUUGUCGCAGAAGAUGAUGGUGAAGCCUUCAACCGAUUAUGUAUAUGUAGUAGUGGAUGCUGAACAAAGGCAGAACAUAGUCUGCAUGCAAAAACAGAGAAUGCUCGUGCAAACGAUUUCAAGUGGAUGGGAUUCCUUGUCCAUAUGCUAUGGCAGUAUUGGACUACACACACGUGGAAGCACCCGAAUAUUGUUCUGCCUAUUACACCAAGGAAUAAUUCAAGAAGACAUAUGA